AUGGCUGUCAUGACUGAUCAUUCUAUUUAUCUGGCUCUUCGCUUCACCCCUAACUGCUUUUUUCUCUCUUCGCCCUCCAUAUGUAAACGUUCACGAACUCAGCCUGACUCCGGUACUAUUCAUGACAAUGUUGCUUCUCCAAUUAAUGGUAAUUCGCCAUCUGGCCUUGCCUCUUUUGCUCCAAGUGCUGAAGAACCUAUUUUCAGUCGACUAGCUUUAGAUGACAACUCCCAUUUAGCAGUUGCUGAACCCCGGACCAAUUUUGAUCUGAAGUCUGAUGCAAUUUUUUCAUCCUUGUCAUCAGUGUCGAAUGGUCACUCCAGUUUCGAUCGGAAGGCUGAGGUAUCGACAUGUCAGGUAAUGCCUGAGGGCUCACAAGAUGCGCUUUCAUCGCACUGCGGCCAGAAUCACACUAACCAAUAUUCACGCAAUAGUUGCUCACGGCCCCGAUCAAGACUCGAUAAAGAUCAAGAAACCUUGCCGGAUGGCUUAAUUUCAUUGCGUCUUAUGACCAGGCCGGGCGCUUCUGCUGCUAAGGAGCAGCGAUGGGGCAUGUGUUUGUCUGAGCUGGAGGCAUACCGUAAUGAAGACCACAGGUCAGCAAAUACAAACUUUAAAAAGAAGCAGGAGAGGAUAGUCUGCAAUACAACUGGCAAAAUGCAUAUAGCAUGCGAACCUCGUUUCCGCGUUGAUAGUGUUCACUCUGGUAAGUCUAUCCUGUAUAUCAUUAUUUUCAUCCUUUGUUUCUUUCUUAUAUCACAUUGUUGGUCGUCUAUUGGCUACUUAUGUUGA